CUCGGCGCUCGGCUGCCCGGCGCAUCGACGCCCUCGGCGCUCCGGGCGGGCGGAAGUGGAGGCUGGCGGUUGGGGGUCGCCGCCCGACAGCUUUUCCUGGAAGCGACGGGGACCCGGUCCGAGCUGCUGGAGGGGCGGCAGGGAGGCCCAGAUUAUCUCUGUUACUAGAUCUUCAGUUUGCUCAAGAAAUCACAAUGUCUCGUUCACGACAACCCCCCCUUGUGACAGGCAUCUCUCCAAAUGAAGGAAUACCAUGGACCAAGGUCACAAUUAGAGGAGAAAACCUGGGAACUGGCCCAACCGACCUCAUAGGUUUGGCAAUUUGUGGACAUAAUUGCCUCCUGACAGCAGAAUGGAUGUCUGCAAGUAAAAUAGUAUGUCGAGUUGGACAAGCCAAAAAUGACAAAGGAGACAUAAUUGUCACAACCAAGUCAGGUGGCAAAGGAACCUCAACUGUCUCUUUCAAGCUACUCAAGCCUGAAAAAAUAGGUAUUUUGGACCAGUCUGCUGUGUGGGUUGAUGAAAUGAAUUAUUAUGAUAUGCGUACCGACAGGAAUAAAGGAAUUCCUCCCUUGUCCCUACGUCCUGCUAAUCCACUUGGCAUUGAGAUUGAAAAAAGUAAAUUUCCCCAGAAGGAAUUGGAAAUGCUGUUUCCUGGAAUGAGUGCUGAUUUUACAAGUGAGAAUUUUUCAGCUGCCUGGUAUCUGAUAGAGAACCACUCAACCACCAGUUUUGAGCAGCUCAAAAUGGCAGUCACCAACCUGAAGAGACAGGCUAACAAGAAGAGUGAGGGCAGCCUGGCUUGUGUGAAAGGGGGUCUUAGUACUUUCUUUGAAGCCCAGGAUGCUCUUGCAGCCAUCCAUCAAAAACUAGAAGCGGAUGGAACGGAAAAAGUAGAAGGAUCCAUGACGCAAAAACUGGAGAAUGUUCUAAACAGAGCAAGUAAUACUGCAGAUACAUUAUUUCAAGAAGUAUUAGGUCGAAAGGACAAGGCAGAUUCCACUAGAAAUGCACUCAAUGUCCUCCAGCGAUUUAAAUUUCUUUUCAACCUUCCUCUAAAUAUUGAAAGGAAUAUUCAAAAGGGUGAUUAUGAUGUGGUUAUUAAUGACUAUGAAAAGGCCAAGUCACUCUUUGGAAAAACAGAGGUGCAAGUUUUCAAGAAAUAUUAUGCUGAAGUAGAAACACGGAUUGAAGCUUUAAGAGAAUUACUUCUGGACAAAUUGCUUGAGACACCAUCGACCUUACAUGACCAGAAACGUUAUAUAAGGUACCUGUCUGACCUUCAUGCACCGGGUGACCCUGCUUGGCAGUGUAUCGGAGCUCAGCACAGAUGGAUCCUUCAGCUCAUGCACAGCUGCAAAGAGGGCUACAUACAAGACCUGAAAGGUACCGCAGGCCUGCACAGUCCCAUGGUGGAUCUGGAUAGCGAUGUUCGUCCCUCAGUGUUGGCCCAUCUUAGUCAGACAGCAUCACUGAAGCGGGGCAGCAGCUUUCAGUCUGGUCGAGAUGACACAUGGAGAUACAAAUCUCCCCACCGGGUAGCAUUUGUUGAAAAAUUGACCAAGCUUGUUUUAAGUCAGCUGCCUAAUUUCUGGAAACUCUGGAUUUCAUAUGUUAAUGGAAGCCUUUUCAGUGAGACUGCUGAGAAGUCAGGCCAGAUUGAAAGAUCAAAGAAUGUCAGGCAAAGACAAAAUGAUUUUAAGAAAAUGAUUCAGGAAGUAAUGCAGAGUCUUGUGAAGCUGAUCCGUGGAGCACUACUCCCACUUAGCAUCCCAGAGGGUGGAGUGAGGCAGUAUGGAGGCUGGGAGGUGAAGUCUGAGCUCUCUGGACAAUGGCUCGCUCAUGUCAUACAGACCAUAAGGCUUACUUAUGAAUCACUGACUGCCCUUGAAAUUCCUAAUGACAUGUUACAGACUAUCCAGGAUCUCAUUUUGGAUCUCCGAGUACGUUGUGUAAUGGUCACAUUGCAACACACAGCGGAAGAAAUAAAGAAAUUAGCUGAAAAGGAAGACUGGAUUGUCGAUAAUGAAGGGUUGACUUCUCUACCAUAUCAGUUUGAACAGUGCAUUGUGCAUUCUCUGCAAUCACUUAAAGGAGUUCUAGACUGCAAGCCUGGAGAAACCAGUGUCUUUCAACAACCUAAAACACAGGAGGAGGUUUGCCAACUAAGCAUCAAUAUCAUGCAGACUUUUAUAUAUUGUCUGGAACAAUUGAGCACCAAGCCUGAUGCAGAUGUAGAUACUACACAUCUUUCCGUUGAUGUUUCUUCUCCUGAUUUAUUUGGAAGUAUUCAUGAAGACUUCAGUUUGACUUCUGAACAACAACUUUUGAUAGUCCUAAGUAAUUGCUGCUACCUACAAUGUCACACCUUCCUAAAUAUAGCAGAACAUUUUGAAAAGCACAACUUUCAAGGAAUAGAAAAAAUAACACAGGUUAGCAUGGCCUCAUUGAAAGAAUUAGACCAAAGACUGUUUGAAAAUUACAUUGAGUUGAAAGCAGAUCCCAUUGUUGGCUCCUUAGAACCUGGAAUUUAUGCAGGCUAUUUUGAUUGGAAAGACUGCCUGCCUCCAACAGGUGUCAGAAACUAUUUAAAAGAAGCAUUGGUGAAUAUAAUUGCAGUGCAUGCAGAGGUGUUCACUAUUUCCAAAGAAUUGGUGCCUCGGGUCCUGUCCAGGGUGGUGGAAGCAGUGUCUGAAGAGCUCAGUAGACUAAUGCAGUGUGUGUCAUCCUUCAGCAAAAAUGGAGCAUUACAGGCGAGGCUUGAAAUCUGUGCGCUGAGGGACACUGUGGCUGUCCAUCUGACGCCUGAAAGCAGGUCCAGUUUUAAGCAGGCUCUGGAAGCGCUGCCCCAGCUUUCCAGCGGAGCAGACAAAAAGUUACUGGAAGAGCUGCUGAACAAGUUCAAGAGCAGUAUGCACCUGCAACUCACCUGUUUCCAAGCUGCUUCUUCAGCCUUGAUGAAAACAUAAAUGCCUCCAAAAUAUUAGAACAAAUGUCAUAAGCUUUCUUCAAAUUUCUAUCAAGUUUUGGAUACCUAAUCAUAUUUAGCAGCAGUAGAGCACUGAAAAGCUGAAUAGGAUUUUAUGCUCCAUGCAGUAGAUGGGUUUUACCAAUUGAGCGUCAAUCAGAGUGGUAUGUAUAGGCCUUUUCAUUGGUGAAUCCCUAACAUUAUUAUAAUUAGGUCAUUUGGGGGGCCUGGUAAGAUUUCCCAGAGAGGGUUCUUUUGAUCUUAUGCUUUCUGGAAGGAAGAAGAGGCAGAAGGCUUGGACGAUCAUUUUUGUCAGGGCUCACAGCUGGAUCUGAUAUCCCAUGACCUGCAUUUACCUUCUUUGGAGAAUAAAGCUCUAGUCUGCUGGAGUGGAAAGAUGGAAGGCAUUGCCCAGCCCUGUGGAAGGAAGAAACCUGGGAACAUCUGGCUAUUUCUUAAACAGCCUUUAAACUAAUCAUUUGGUUUUAACUUUAUCCCCGCUUUCAGAAGUUGCCUUACCACUCAUUCUUGAGCGUUUUAGGAUUUUUACAGUACAAAGUAGAUUGCAGCUUUCUUUUACAUACAGUACUGCCAAUUUAGGCUCUGAUGUUUUUAGAUCUGCUAAUUAAAUUAGUUUCCACUUACUCAUACACUUGGUUUCUAACUAUGAUUUACUCUCCUAUUCCUUUUUCUUUGUGAAGUUAUGCUUUUUAUAUAUAUUUAACCGUUUAUAUAACUACAUGUAGUUAUAUAUACUACUCUAUGCAGUGUAUUUGCUACACAUAUAUAGAUAUAUACAGUAUAUAUACUGUAUCUAUGUUGUGUGUAUGUGCAUACACACACACACACACACAUACACACAAACUGCACUGUCAUUUUUAUAGUUUUGGUUAGACCUAAGCUUAUGUGUGGUUUCAGUCUGCCCUCUAUAACAGAAAGUUCAGAUUAACUUUUGUUUGUUUUAUUUUAUCAUAAUAAACCAAACUUUACAUGUG